CUAGAAAAGAAGCAAAAGAGCCAAAAGUGGAAAAACGUGUGGUGGAUCUCUUUCAGUCUUCGUCUUCUUUCCUUGUUCCUCCAACAUGUUCGACCCUUCACUGUUCACUCACUACUCUCCACUUCUCUCGCUUCUUUCCCAAAGUAGCUAUCUUUACGAAGAUCCAUGUCUCUUCUGAUCAGAUCCUCCUACGUUUCUCACCUCACUCUCUACCAACCUAGAAACUCAAAAUCAUCCUCUUUCACCAAUCAAAUCUCCUUCUUCUUCUCGUCUUUUAAUCACAACCCUUUUGUCAAUUUGGUCAAUAAACGAAACCCAACAAUAAUGCAAUCUGUUUCUUCUUCUUCUUCUUCUUCUUCGAAAAUGGCUGUUAAGAGCUCCUUGAUUGAUCCAGACGGUGGUGAAUUGGUGGAAUUGAUUGUACCGGAAUCUGAGAUUGGGGCCAAGAAAGCUGAAUCAGAGACGAUGCCGAAAGUGAAGCUGACGAAGAUUGAUCUUGAGUGGGUACAUGUGAUUAGCGAAGGUUGGGCUAGUCCUUUGAAAGGGUUCAUGAGAGAAGAUGAGUAUUUGCAAAGUUUGCAUUUUAAUUCUCUUAGGUUACAAAAUGGGACUUUUGUCAACAUGUCGCUUCCUAUUGUUCUUGCCAUUGAUGAUGAGACCAAAGAACAGAUCGGAUCAUCCCAAAAUGUUGCUCUUGUUUGCCCCCAAGGUGAUAUCAUCGCUUCUCUCCGAAGUAUAGAGAUAUACAAACACAACAAGGAAGAGAGGAUAGCUAGAACUUGGGGAACUACUUCUCCAGGAUUGCCUUAUGUGGAAGAAUACAUUACUCCAUCUGGAAACUGGCUCAUUGGUGGCGAUUUAGAAGUUUUUGAGCCGAUUAAGUAUAACGAUGGGCUUGAUCAUUACAGGCUCUCUCCCAAACAGCUUAGGAAAGAGUUUGAUAAUCGUCAGGCUGAUGCUGUGUUUGCAUUCCAGUUAAGGAAUCCUGUGCACAAUGGACAUGCUCUGUUGAUGAAUGAUACACGAAAAAGGCUUUUGGAUAUGGGUUACAAGAACCCUAUUCUCUUGCUUCAUCCUUUAGGAGGUUUCACGAAAGCUGAUGAUGUUCCUCUUGAUGUUCGGAUGGAACAACAUAGCAAGGUUCUAGAAGAUGGAGUUCUUGACCCAGAAACUACUAUUGUCUCGAUCUUUCCAUCACCAAUGCACUAUGCUGGUCCAACUGAAGUUCAAUGGCAUGCCAAGGCUAGAAUCAACGCAGGUGCUAAUUUCUACAUUGUAGGUCGUGAUCCUGCAGGAAUGGGCCAUCCUACUGAGAAGAGAGAUCUUUAUGAUCCUGAUCAUGGGAAGAAAGUCUUAAGCAUGGCCCCUGGACUUGAGAAACUAAAUAUUCUUCCAUUUAGGGUUGCAGCUUAUGAUACAGUCGAGAAGAAGAUGGCAUUUUUCGAUCCUUCUCGUGCAAAAGAGUUUCUUUUCAUUUCUGGAACAAAGAUGCGAACUUAUGCAAGAACAGGGGAGAAUCCUCCAGAUGGGUUUAUGUGUCCGAGUGGAUGGAAUGUUCUUGUCAAAUACUAUGAGAGCUUGCAAGAAAGCGAAGAAUCGUCAAAACAACAAGCCGUUGUUUCAGCCUAAAGAAUCUAAUUAGCCUCUCUUUCAGAAUUGAAGCUUCUUAGUGAUCUAUAAGAGGCUUUUUGUUUCACCUCUUGGAAUUGUAUUGCUUAAACUAUUACCCUUGGAUCCAUGUUUUUUUGUCUCAUGGAAACUCAUAAUGUUCUGCAAACUCGAAACCAAAUAAUGUUUUUGAUGAUGAGAGAAGUUUGUUAAUAAUUUUCAAGGUCUUUAAUAA